AUGAAAAAAGGUAGACAGAAAAAAGCAUUGGAAUCAGAAGAAUUAGUCGAAUCUGAAAUUGACUUAGAUCAAGCUGCAAUGGAAUUGGCCAAAAAAAUGGCUGCUACUAGGCUUGAUUUACAGGAUUGGAAAGUACCAAAUCACGAUAAAAAUUCAGCAGCUAGCGAAAGAUCAAUCGAGCAAAUGCAUGAAAAAUCACCACCACCAAAACCAAAAAGGGAUGAAAUGAUGAUAGCAGCUACCAAAAAAAGUGUUAAGGACUCACCUCUACAAGAACCAAAUCGUGCUAAUUGGGCUGGUUUUGAUGAUUCUCAAGCACUAGAAUUGCCAUCUUCUGAAUCCAAUUUCUUCGCUUGUGCUUCUACAGCCAUUGUUUCAACAGAUCAAGCCUUCGGUGAUCCGCUUGAUAUUUCUAAAAAACAAAGCGAUAACGAAGAUUCUUUUCAUCCACUAAGUCAAAAUGCAAAUAAUGAGGAUUACGAUCCAUUUGAUGUUCCUGCAGCUGAUGACUUAGUUCAAGCAGCAAAAGUUCGAGCUGCUCAAUUAAUUGCUUCUGAGAAAGCUCAAGAAAAUGUUGAUUUAUUUGCUAUUAAAAUAGACGGUAAGAAAAGCGAUGCUAGCUCACCAACUCAAGAAGGUGGAAGUCCAGCGAGUUCUCGACCUGCUGGAUUUGAGGAUGAUUUUCAGCUUGAAGAUGACGGUUUAAGUACAUCCAGUCCACUAUAUGAUGAAGAUGAUAGUGAACCACUAUGUGAUUUCCCAGAUAAAUUUACUGGUGAUGGCUGGGAAAUGAUGAUCCGAUAUCCGAUAAAGAAAAAAAUUAUGGGCGAUCGAUACUGGAAACCAUGUUACGUGAGAAUACGUGAUAAUACACUUUUGUUAUUUAAUUCAAAAAAUGAUCAAAAGCCAUUCUCGGAAAUUGCUCUACAGGCUACCUACUCUUUAUCUGAUCCAACACUACAAGCAUAUGAUGUUUACGGUAAAAUUCAUACUGUCAAACUGCAGUAUGUACUGUAUAAAGAACGAGUUGGCAUUAGGCCAGGACAAAUUUCUCGAUUAGUAGAAGGUCACGUAACAAAAUACGGUUUACCGUUGGAGCAUUCAGCACAGUGUACAGUUUUACUCAAGUUUGGCUCAUUGAAAGCUGCAGAACUUUCUACUUUUGUAAUUACAAUAGAAGAUAUUUUGUUUCGAUGUACUACCAUAAGAAAUAAUUCACCAGUAUAUAAGCAAGAUGAAGUUCAGAUUCACUGUUACGAUGAAUACUCGGCCUAUGUGGAUAAAUUCAAUAUAGUAAGUGAUCAGAAGGCUCGUGUCCGCUUAUUCUGUCUAGCAUUCGUUUCUGGAUCUCCGAUUCUCGAAAUUGGACUUAAUGAUCGCCGUCGACAAGGAAAAGAAAUAGUACGUCGAAAAGAUAUUUUACCGAUGUAUACUGAAAGAUGGAUACGGUUUGAAAAUCUCGAAUUCCAUAACACUGUUGAAAAAGAAGCCUUUGAAAAAGAACAAGUAAUUCGACUCUCCCCUCCUGAUGGAUGUUUUUUCGAAGUGAUGAGAUUUCGAGUACGACCGCCUAAAAAUCGCGAAAAACCGUUAACAGUGAAAUGCGUAAUGAAAAUCGCUGGUUCGAAAAUUGAAAUUCGAAUUGAAGCAAUAGCUGCAGCACAAUCAGAACAUCUUAAAUGCAGUCGACGACAAAUACCUUGUGAAGAUAUUCAAAUUCGAUUUCCAGUACCUGAAGCAUGGAUUUAUCUUUUUCGUGAAGAACGACGUUGGGGUGUUGGGUCAGUUCACGCUAAAGUAAAACGACCAGGAAGAGUUAAAAAUUUAAAAGAUCGUUUGAUGGGUACGGUACAAAAUGUUGAAAAUUCAUUAAUUGAAGCAGCUAUUGGUGAAGCUAAAUAUGAACACUUAUAUCGAGCAUUAGUUUGGCGUAUCCCACGUUUGCCAGAAAAAUAUCAUGCAGCUUAUAAAGACCAUUUAUUACGUUGUUGCUUUGAACUUUCAUCAUUUGAUUUAAUGCCUGAAACUUUUACUCCUACUUGUGACGUAGAAUUUACAAUGCCACUUGCAAUGAUUAGUAAUACAGUUGUAAGAUCAGUAAGCGUUGAACAACACGAAGACAGUGAUCGCGUGGAAAAAUUUGUGCGAUACGUGGCAAAGUGUACUUAUAAAGUCGAAAUAGAUUAUGUGCAAUGUUCUGAUCUAAACGUCAAUACUAUAUUAGAUCCAACAGUAGUUGAUCCCGAAAGUUUGCUAGAAACGGUACCUGAACCUCAUGAAGCCAUGUUUGACCCAAAACAUGUAACUGAGAUGCAUGGAGGAUAUAGAAUUGAUUUCUCUGAUGCUGAAAUUGGAGCAAAUAGACCACAGGAUUCUGAUUCAAGUAGUGAUGAUGAUGAAAAUGAUAGCAAAAAGAUGCUACCGAUGAUCCAAAUUGAUUCAAAAGAAUAUGGUUAUUGA